CAUAAGUGUUCAGUUGUCCAUCCAUUUGCCAUUUGUAAUAUUUUUUUUCCAUCAUUUUCUGCAUGUAAAACUAUAAUUAUUGUCUAUAAAAUGUGUUUUGUGUUUUUUUGGGUGUCUGGAACGGAUUAAUUGGACUUACAUUAUUUUCUAUGGGAAAACUAGGUUUGGUUAGAGUCCAUUUUGGUUUGAGGGGAGACCUUGUGGCUAACGAAGACACCACUGUACGUCAUCCCCGUACAGAUGGAUUGAGCUGUUUCUGAUACUGUCAUUAAAGUCAUUAAUAUAUAAGGAAAAUAACAGUGGUCCACAAACAGACCUUGUGGGACCCCUUUACAGCCAUUGAGAUAGUUUGAUAAGAAACCAUCAGCCACCACAGCCUGAGUUCUACCAGAUUAAUAAUUCUCAUUCCAUUAACAGGACGUGUCAUCGAAGCCAAUGUUGUACAGACUCUCUAGAAGUACAGCAUGGUCACCUGUGCCAAAAGUUUUAGAAAGAUCAAUAAAAAAGCAUAAAAAUCAAGUUUGUUGUCUAAAGCAUGUGCAAUAUCAUUCACAACCUUCAUGGUUGCUGACACAAAACCAUGUCCAGGCCUCAAACCAGACAGAGAUGUUUAGAACGUUUAUGUUUUGAUAGGUAGGAAUAAAGCCGAUCACUUAUGAGACGUUCUAAUAUUUUCGCCAAGCAGGGUAAUUAUGAAAUUGGCCGAUAGUUAUUCAGUUCAUUUGGGGGAUCACCUUUAUGAAGAGGAGUUACAUAAGCUGUUUUCCAUAGUUUAGGAAUGCACCCGGUUGAUAGAGUCAGAUUAAAGGAAAGGCCUCAAGGAAAAAUGACGGUGUUCUGUGUAUGUUGACAUAAAUGUAGAAUUGUUGAUUGGUACAUUCUGGCCUAUGUUGUGGAAGAUAUGACUUUCACAUUUUCAUCAAAAAUGUAGACGGUGUCUUGGGAGAACUGUACUGGUAAAGAUAUGAGGAGGGGGUCUUCGAGAGAGCUUUCAUUAUUUUCCUUUGAUGGAUUGCCACAGCAGUCUAAUACAGAUGUACUGUAACAUAGUAAGAUGAUUUAGCUUUACGCCUUUCAACAAGGCACUCAUUUCGGAGAUAGCAGUAAUACUGCUAAUCGUCACUCGGGCAAGGUUCCUAUUGCGCAACAUUGCAGCAAUGUCAGUUGUAAAGUACUAUGGGUAAUUUCUGUUCUUUACUCUUAAUUUCUUAAAGGGUGCAUGUUUGUCAGCAACAGAGUUAAACGUUUUAUCAAAAUAAUUUUGAGCUAAGAUCUGGGAUAGCAGUUAUAGAACGCAUAUCACUCAAGGACAAAUUAUAUAUAUAAAAAAAAAAUCAUGAUCCACAGUGUCUAGAUCAGGGGUCCCCAACAUUUUUCCUUGUGAGAGCUACUUUUUACAAAAUGAAAAUGGCCAAGAGCUACUCAUUUUUGUAACAUUUAUUUUCAGAGCUUAUUUUAAACCCAAACAAAGCGAAUGUGCUUGUUUUACCAGAACAUUAACAAAAUGCUGGUGUCCACAACUCACAUUUUGUAUUUCAGAAUGCAUUUCUUUCUACUGUUCUUUCAUUAUUAACUGAAAACCUGAAUGAAAAGCAGGCUUGCGGGCACCUCAUGUGGUCGUGAGGGGCUACCUGGUGCCCGCGGGCACCACGUUGGUGACCCCUAGUCUAGAUACCAUGCCAAUGUGGCCCCGAGUGGUCAUGGGCAUCAUUGGCACGACAACAUGUUUUGAUUCGCGAUGGCGCUACCAUGAAGCAUGCUGAAAACAAGCGGUUCUGUGGUAGAUAUUGAGCAAAUGUAUGGCAGACAAAGAACAGUUUUACUGUUUUAGCUCUGUGAUAAAUUCACAUCUUAGGGACUAUUCAAGUCCCAGUGCAGAUGAUGAAAUACUAUGUACUGAAACUGGAACUGGUCAGUGGGAAAAAAAAAAGCCAGAUUACUUUAAAAAUGCUGCUGGGAUUCCCUUAAGUACUGAACUCGUUGAGCUUAUUGCCGCUCAUGUGUAUGAUUGUUUUAAGGUCUAUACUGUACUACUAGAUGUAAUUCCAUGUGCAUCAUAAGGCCGCGAGGAUAAAAAAAAACCUUAUCUAUUAUAUUAUAAUAUAUUAUUAUAAUAUAUAAUCAGUUUUUUUUCAUCUUGCUUUCACGGUCGUUUUCCUGUACAGGAAGAGGGGGAAACCUCCCACAAGCUCAGGAUGGAUCGCUGGAUGCCCUUCCUAACCUUCACCAUGUAUCCAGGCUUGGGACUGGCACUACAAAGUACACUGCACCUGUCCAUCUUCCUCAUCCUCAUCCGGACAUCUUGUGGGAAUGGGCCAGCACCUGGCCAGGGUGCAUCUCUCCACCCGGUGGUACGGCCGGCAUCGUGCGAGAGUGAGGUGGGCAGUGGCCAGGUCUUAAAAGGCCAGGCCCCCUCUGACCCCUGUCUUCUUUGUGGGCUUUCUCCCACGUUGACUUUUGACCCUUUCACCCUUGUCGUGCCCGGCUGCCAGCGAUGCCCUUCCGGCUGAAGCUGCGGCGCACGCGGCGCUACAACGUCCUAAGCAAGAACUACUUUGUGACGCGCAUUCGCCUGCUGGACAGCAACGUGAUUGAAUGCACUCUGUCAGUGGAGAGCACGGGGCAGGAAUGCCUGGAGGCUGUGGCCCAGCGACUGGAACUCCGGGAGACGCACUACUUCGGCCUGUGGUUCCAAGGCAAGACCCAGACUCCGGCACAGCGCUGGGUGGAGUUAGAGAAGCCUCUCAAGAAGCAAUUAGACAAGUUUGGCAAUGAGCCGCUGCUGUUCUUCGGCGUGAUGUUUUACGUGCCCAGCGUGUCCCGCUUGGAGCAGGAGGCCACAAGGUAUCAGUAUUACCUUCAGGUGAAGAAGGAACUGUUGGAUGGACGUCUCCACUGCACGGUGGAGCAGGGCAUCAGACUAGCUGGCCUAGCAGUGCAAGCUGACUUUGGGGAUUUCACUCAGUUUAUGUCUCAGGACUUCCUCAGGGAGUAUGUGCUCUUUCCAGUGAACUGGCCUAAUGGAGACGAAGUGCUGGAGGAGUGGACUCAAAAGGUUGCAGAAGAGCACAAGAGCCACUGCCGAAUGCAAGCAGCUGAGGCUGAGCUCUUGUACAUUAAGGAGGUGGAGAAACUGGAUGGCUUCGGCCAGGAGAGCUUCCCUGCUAAGGACAACUACACCAACGAUAUUUUCAUCGGCAUGUCUUUCAUUGGAGUGUUUGUCAAACACCGAAAUGGGAGGUCCAUCAUGCUCCACAGGUGGAAGGACAUCGGCACCAUAGCGCACAACAAGUCUGCCAUCACAGUGGAGAUAAUGAGCAGGGAUGACACUAUCAUUUUUCACACGGAGGAUAUGGAAAUGGCCAAGUACAUUGCUCGUCUUUUCACGGCCAGACACAAGUUCUACAAACAGAACAAGAUUUGUGCAGAGCCAACUCAUUCCCCUGCACCAAUCAGGAGGCGACCCACCUGGACUCACCGCCUCUCUCUGCCACGGCCGCAGUCCUGUAACUUCCAGACAAUGCAUUCCCAGUAUGGAGAACAUUAUCAAGACACACAGAGUUCUCAAGACAGUAUCUUCCAUGACGACCCCUACUACAAAUCCCAGACCAGCCUGGACCACUGCCAGGUGGACUUCCCCUUCCGUAACGGCACCUUGCCCAAUGGAAGCAUGUACAGCAGCCCCAGUUUGAGCUCCCUCAACCAUUCCCAGACGUUCAUCCCGCCCUCACCAAUGUCCUCCAACCUCAGCAUCCCGGGCAGCGAGCUCAUGCGCCCCGACUACAUCCCCAGCCACCGCCACAGCGCCAUCAUUGCUCCGUCCUACCGGCCCACGCCCGAGUACGAUGCCGUGAUGCGGCAGAAGCGGCGCAUGCUCCCCGCUCACCACGACCUCCACAGCCAGUCGCUGCGUAGUCUGAACAUUAGCAAUGCCUGCGCUUAUCGCCAGCCUGAGGCGUUGGUGUAUAGCCAACCAGAAAUGAGGGAGAGGGGGCCUUAUCAUGGCCUGGGACCCAGUCCUGGACCUUACACACAGAUCAGCUACAGUAAGCCAGUGUCUCAUGGCCCCCAUCAGGGCGGACCAGCCAGCAGUCAGGGGCCCUGUCAUUCACCAUGCAUCAACGGAGGCGGAGGCAGCAGCACUGGCGGCGGCGGCAGUGGUGGCGGCGGUGUGGGAAGCUCAAUAUCUCACACAGUUAGUACGCCUGAGCUUGCUAAUACCAAACAGCAAGGGACUAAUCCUGGGAACUACGCCGCGACCUCUCACAUUAUGAGAAAUCACAUAUCACGACCUCCCCCGCCGUAUCCUUCCACCCCUUUCCGACCUGCCACCAGCACGCCAGACCUGGCGAGCCACCGCCUUCGCUGCAUCGGAGGAAGCAGUCCAGAGCUGGUCACCCGCAUGGUGCAGCUGUCGGUGAAGACCUUCCAGCCGGACAGCUCAGCGGUGGUGCACCAGUCCUUGCAGGAGGUCAGUGAGCCGCUCACCACUGCCGCAAAGCACCGCUCCACGUUGGACAAGAGGCACAGCAUGGAGGUGAUUAGCAGCAUGAGAGCAGGAGGUGGCACGGAGGGCAUGGUGAUGAAGGGCAUGAACACUCCCCUUCAUCGGAGGAAUACUCUCCGAGAGCAUGUGAUGCCCCCUCAGCCCAUGCCGCAAGCUCAGCCCCAACCCCCUCAGCCACAAACUCAACCGCAGCCUCACCCACCUCCUCCUCAACCUAAAGACUUGCCCAUACCUAUUCCUCCCCAGAAGGAACCAGCAGUGGCACCACCUGCUCCCGUUACCUAUCAGCAUCAAAAAACACUUUCAAACGCCACCAUGCUCAUCCACAGCAGUGACAGUGAGGAGGAGGAGGAGGAGGAAGAGGAGGAGGGGCCUGAGCUUGAUGUUCAAAUCCCAGGUCUGAAUGAGGACAUCAGCAUCAGUGCCCAGUUGCAGGCCGCCUUGGCAAAACUGCCCAACAAACCCCCUCCUGAGUAUCCCGGUCCUCCAAGACCUCCCAGCAAUGUUUCCAUUCACACGCACAAUCACAAUCACACUCACCACCACAACCACAACCACAACCAAGCAGCACACAGCAGCCAGGGACCCAUGGACCCAUGCCAAACCCAGGGCCACAUUCCUGGGGAUGGCGAUCCUGAAAGUGGUGGUAGUGGAACUCUGACACGAGGAGACCAGGGUGGGGUAAAUGGAAAUGUUUUAGGUCCCUCGAUUUCGGAACCCGAUCUGACCAGUGUGAAGGAGAGGGUGAGGAAGGAGCCGGUCAAGGAGAGACCCGUGUCGGAGAUGUUCUCUUUGGAAGACAGCAUUGUGGAGAGGGAAAUAGCACAGAGGACGCUGGAAAGACAGAAGAUGUCUGUAGACUCCAUGAAGAGACCCUUGAUGAUGGCGGCCCUCAAUGGCCUCUAUGUGGCCCGAAUGCCCGUCCCGGAGUCUCCUUCGGAGGAUGGUGCCAAGGCUGCCAUUGAUGAGCGGUGUAAGACAUUGGAGCUCAAACUGGAAGAGGAGAGGGUCUUCACCGAGUACGAGCAGGUACCCAAAAAGAGGGCGGACAGUGCUCUGACCACGGCGACCCUCCCGGAAAACGCGGAGCGCAAUCGUUUCCGUGACGUGGUCCCGUACGAGGAGAACCGAGUGGAACUUGUGCCCAACAAGGAGAACAACACGGGUUACAUCAACGCCUCGCAUAUCAAGGUGACCAUCAGAGGCGAGGAGUGGCACUACAUUGCCACCCAGGGCCCGUUAGCCAACACCUGUGCCGACUUCUGGCAGAUGGUCUGGGAGCAGGGGGUCAGCGUCAUCGCCAUGGUUACGGCUGAGGAGGAGGGAGGCAGGGCCAAGAGCCACCGCUACUGGCCCAAACUGGGCUCCAAGCACAACUCAGCCACUCACGGCAAGUUCAAGGUGACCACUAAGUUCCGCACCGACUCGGGCUGCUACGCCACCACAGGGUUAAAGGUCAAACACCUGCUCUCGGGUCAGGAGAGGACCGUGUGGCACCUACAGUACACCGACUGGCCUGAGCAAGGUUGCCCCGAAUACGUCCAGGGGUUUCUCUCCUACCUUGAGGAGAUCCAAUCUGUGAGGAGACACACUAACUCCAUGUUGGACACCUCCAAGAGCCUUAACCCCCCUGUGGUGGUGCACUGUAGCGCAGGGGUGGGUCGAACAGGUGUGGUCAUCCUCACUGAGCUCAUGAUCAGCUGCCUGGAGCACAACGAGCCCGUGGAGGUCCCCACCAUGUUGUCAGGUCUGAGGCAGCAGAGGAUGCUGAUGGUCCAGACCAUCUCACAGUACAAGUUUGUGUACCAGGUCCUCAUUCAGUUCCUGAAGAACUCCCGGCUCAUUUGACUCGUGAGGACAAUUCAGUCGGUCUGUGGUGUCAUGUUGGCGGAGAGUUUCAUUCAUUGAAAGUUGGCGGUAGUUGUUACAAUCCAUAAUUGCCAAUGCAAAAUAUCCUAAAACUAAAGUCAAACAGGAAAUUCAAAAAUAUUCUGAAAAUGUAUGAAAUAUAUAUAUAUGCCUAAUCAUCUUCCCCACUCAUGUUGUCAUUUAAAACACAUUUCAACAAAAUUUACUCCAUUUUCUGAGAUCAGAUUGCAAAAGUAGUCCAUAGAAUUUGCCUGAUGGACUUGACUGUUAAGUGUUGCGUCUCCUUGUAAAUACUGUGUCAUUGUGCCUUACUGAUAUCUCAACAAGAAGACAUCCACGUGCCUAUCCUUGUCUUAAAAUAUGUUUUUUUUUAACCUCCAAAGAUAAAAUCUUGAAAUCAGUAUUUAUUACUUUUAUUGGUCUUGUUGGGAGAGCAACGCAUCAAAUGGUCUACCUUCCUCUCAGGUAAGAGAAUGCUGAUGUUUCGGUUUGGUUUUUGAAGGAAAAAAACAAAACAGUCUGUUUAUAAAAUUGUACUCGGAGCAGUGAUAUUUUCUCAAUGUUCCUUUUGUACAUACGCUAAUGGACACGUGUGACAAGACUUUUUAUAUCUUUCCUGACUUGGUACUCCAAAAUACCGCAACCUGUUCAACUGUGCAUGCAUUUUUCAAAUAUUUCUAUUGUAUAUACAAACAUAUAUAUAUAUAUAUAUAUAUAUAUAUAUAUAUAAAUAUAACUAUAUUCUGAGAUAAAUAGAGGCUUCCUGCACUCUUUGCAUCCAAGUGUUUUAUUGCACUUCUAUGUCACGCGGCAUUCCACUGUUUGUUCAUAUUUAAUCCCCUUUUUUGGCAAAGCUCACCCUUUUCAAAAAAGAUGUGUACAUAUGUUUUGUAUAUGUGUUUCCAUUGCAUUCCCCUUACUUAAACAUGUACUUGCUUAUCAUGCAAUAAAGCCUUAUUUUCUUUAA